UUGAAUUAAGAUUAAAAAUUUUAAAUGUGCAUUAUAAAUAUUUUAACUGAAACUCAUAUAAGAGUAAAUUAGAAGUUUUAGGUUAUGUAAUUGAGAUAAUGGAAGACUCCUCUAUUUCUACUUUUAAAAUAAUCUUAGCCUUAGGUUUUGGAAUUUUGCAUCGAUGGCAUGUAUCAACAUUAUUUGAAAAUGAAAGACAUUUUUCUCAUCUGUCAGAAUUGGAAAGGGAAAUGUCUUUUCGAACAGAAAUGGGAUUUUAUUAUUCCUACUAUAAAACUCUGACAGAAUCUGAAAGUUUUUUAGAAGGUAUGGAUAGAAUAAAUCAUGAUAAUCUUUCACAAUAUCCACAAAUUACCAAUGCAGAAAAAAAAUAUAAUCUUGUUCCAGAGAUCAAUAUUGCUAUGUUUUAUCAUAUUCUAAAAUACUUGGGAUUUAUGCCAAAGCCACUUUGUUGGCAGAUUGAACGAGAUGAGGGCUUAUCUGUUAUUAUAAGUUGCGAAGGUCUAGGAGUGCCAAUGUACUUUUAUUUAGAAUUUGUAUGGAUAUUUACACUAGUUACUGGAGCCAUAGUUUUCCUUUACUCUACAAAUCUCAGUGGCUCUAUUUCAGGAGGCUUAAUAGCUAUAGCUUCAUUUUUCUUUAAUCACGAUGAGUGCACCAGGGUACAAUGGACUCCUCCUUUACGCGAAAGCUUUGCUUACCCAUCACAUCUCUUGCAAAUGUAUAUUUUAUCAAUGAUCUUAAAAAGAAAGAAAGUGCCACAACAUUUUAGUGAAAAUUCCGAUCUUGUUAUAUUAAUAUCUUUUUGCUUAGUGAGUUGGCAAUUUUCACCAUUCGUAUUUAUAACUCAAACAAUAGCUAUGCUCAUUCUUAAAUGGUUAAGAAUAAUAGAUAAUAAAAUGUAUUCAUACUAUUUUAUGAUACACCUUUUAUCAGUUGGCGUAUCAAUUAUUAUAAAAAAGAGUUUUUUUUUAUUAAAUUCAUUCCAUUUAGCUUUGUUGGUUGUGAGUUAUGGUUGGUCAGAAUUGAGUCGCGUUUUAUCCCAUAAAUUUGAUUUCAGAACACUCACACUUUUAGAAAUAACUGGUACUCUAUUUUUUACAAAAUUAUGGAAGAUAUUAUUUAUAAAUUCGUCUGAUUAUGAACACAUCGUUAACAUACUUAGAUCGAAAGUCACAAAUUAUAAAGAUUUUCAUACAAUGCUUUAUACAUGUGCAGCAGAAUUUGAUUUCCUGAAAUAUCAAACGUAUGAAACUCUUAUCAAAACAUAUCUACUACCCACUUUCAUUCUAGCAGGUGUUUUGGUUCUUUAUUAUUGGUACAGAAAUCUUCAAACGCAAGGCUUUCCAAAUUGCAUAGAACCAGAUAUAGCAUAUAAUAUUUUGCAAACUGCAGCUUUCACUAUAAUGGCAGUGUUUAUUAUGAGAUUGAAAUUAUUUAUGACUCCACACAUAUGUAUAUUUGCUGGACUAGCGUGUAGCAAAAGAUAUUUGGAUAAAUUAGGUAUUAAGAAGGAAAUAACACAACGUAUGCUUAUUACACUCGUACUUGCUAUUAUGUCAUAUAAUGGCAUACAACGAUUUAUGAAACAGCGAGAAAUUGUUGGAGAGUAUAGUAAUGUAGAUCAAGAAGAAUUGUUCGAAUGGGUACAAGCAAAGACUCCAAAAACAGCUGUUUUUGCUGGUAAAAUGUCGUUAAUGGCAAAUCUCAUGUUGUCAACAAGAAGGCCAAUAGUGAAUAAUCCAUAUUAUGAGGACAAAGAAAUGCGCGAUAGGACAAAAAAAGUUUAUGAAAUCUUUAGUAGAAAAUCUGUUUCCGAGGUUCAUGAAACUUUGAAAAAAUUGCAGGUUGAUUAUCUUAUUAUAGAAGAGGCAAUUUGUUACGGACGUGGAUACUGGAAACCGGGUUGUAAAAUGCUUGAUCUCUGGGAUCUAGAUGAUGAAGGAAAUGCAAAAAAGGAAAAAAAAGUGCCUGUGUGUCCGAUACUUUUCCGCGGUAAUGCACAUCCAUUUCAUCGAGUUUACGAAAAUCGCAGUUACGCUGUACUGCAGCUGAACUAUACCAAAUAUAUAGAAUAUAUACCAAAUAAUAAUUUUUUAUACAUUGCCAUUGCAAUAGUAAAUGUUUAA